AUGAAUGAUCUUAAAGAACUAUGGACACCUAAACUUCUCAAUGCAGGUUAUUCUAUUGAAAACAUUCAAGCAAUGGAUUCAUCCGAAUUCUUCACUACUUGUCAUAUUUUAAUUCAAUCUGGCUUAGAACCUCCAUUACCACCGCCAUGCCGCGAGAAAUUAGACAAGAAAACAAGGGUUGCACUUCAAUGCGCUUUAUUUUCUUUACAUUCUCUAAUGGUUGAUAAAAGAACUCAAAAGCUAGAAGAAAAUCGUAGGAAACACAAAGAGAAACCACAAGAAUCUGAACAAACAGUCCAGGAUAAAAAAUAUGAUGAGAUACUUCAACAAACACAAAAAGACCAAGAAAAAGAAUCAAACAAAGAAGAAGAAAAGAGAAAUCAAGAACAAAACAGAAGAAAUGCAAUUGAACAGGAAUAUCAGAAAUUAGGCCCAGAACCUGAAGAUGGAUUCCUAAUUAAAAUACAAUAUAAUCAAAACUCAUCUAAAAGAAAAUUCACAGCAGAACAACAAACAGAUGACAUCUAUGCAUGGGCAGCCCAUGAAUUUAUGAUUUUAGGCAAUUUUACUCUUAUGUUUGUAAGUACCAAGAUUCAAAAAGGUUCAACACUCAAUGAUGCUGAAAUAACCAAAAACACAAUGCUCUCUGUAGUUAUCGACUCAGAAGAGGAAGAAGAAAAUUAA